AUGGAAGACGACAUCCGCAACGCUACCGGCACCCCCAACCUCAAAUUCUCCUCCCAAAUCGACGGCAUCCUCAAACACGCCGGCCCGCGCGACAACGCCAAGCGCUGGGCACGCAACCUGCGCUUCCUCACCUUCGACACCGGCACCGACCACCACGAUGCCGCAACCUCGACCCCGACCCGGGGCCAAUGCCGGCGGUGCGCCGAACGGGUCCCAGCGCCGGCGGGCCACAUGUGCGCCGCGCACGCCAACAUCCAGCCCACCCCGGAGUCGCUAACGGCGUGGGAGCAGAAGCUGGCAGAGUUCCCGGACCCGUGCGCCCAUGUGGAGGAUUUGACCUGCGACGGGUGCCGGCACGUUCCUCUCUUCCCGAACACGGGGACGGUCUCGACGUUCCGGAUCAGGAGGGCCGCGGUGACGGAGGAGGAUGCUUUGUUCUCGGAGUGUCGCCAUUUUGUGGUUGUGUCGUACUGUUGGGAGAGUCAGCCGUCGGACGAGGACGGCGAGGCAGCGUCUCUUCCGCCGUAUACUGUUAUCGAAGAGGAUGGUACGAAACGCGAGAUGAGGGCUCCCCGCGCCACGAUUGACCGCGUGGAGUGCAUCGACCAAACCAACCCCUCCGACAAGGAACUCGGCAUCCAGUCAAUGGACCUCGUCUACCAGCGCGCACACACCUGCAUCGGCCUCAUGUCCACCCUCUGGUCGCAGCGGCACCUCGACGCCCUCCUCCUCCAAGCCGAGCUGCGCAACCCCGACUCCGGCGCCGCCUCCAUCCACCGCCGCGGUGCCGCCCCCGUCCGCAAACCGCGCCCGGAGAUGCAGCACUUCGCGAACGACCUCAUCGCCGCCGUCUUCGCGCUCGUCUCCGACCGCUGGACAACCCGCGCCUGGGUCCUCCAAGAAUCCCUCGUCUCCGCAGACCGCAUGCUCCUCCUCUUCCCCCAACCCCCGGAAACAGACGUGACGGGCUGGUGGCUGAUCUGCCACGAAAAGUCCCUCUCCGAGACCGCAGUCAGCAUCCUCAUGCUCCAGGACGCGCUCGAGAACCACGUGCUGCCGUACCUCACCCCGCUGCUCUCCUCCCCUCCCCCGCCCUCGUCAAACGCGGCGUCGUCCCCGAUGGGCAUGGCCGUCGCGCUGUUCGAGAGGGUGCGCUUCUUCUACCCCCGCGCCAUCGACAACGACUCCCGCAUCGGGCUGGGCGCCGACUUCUGGGACCGCAAGCGCUGCGACGCCGCCACCGCGCUGGCCUUCCUCAACCAGCGCGACCUGUUCCGCGUCGCGGACCGGGUGGCCAUCCUGGCGAACUUAUGCGGGUACGAGCAGCGGCUCGAUACCGUGGAACUCGAAAAGGGCGGGUACGGGCUGUCGCAUUGCCUGCUCGCGCUCGCACUCCUCAACGGGGACUUGUCGUUGCUGGUCCCGGAAAUGUACAAGACCCCUGACGGCUAUCCAGUGUCAUUCCCAUCCGGCCCAGACGCAGACUUCACCUUCCUCCACUCCCUUACUCAUAACCUCCGUCUCGCCGACGCAGCAACCCUCACACCAUCCUCCAACACCGCCGUCCCCGACGACCCGCGCCUCUACGCCCUCUCCUCAAAGGGGCUCUCCCUCGCCGGCACGCUCUGGAAAGUAACCUCCUUCGUCCCCCUCGAGCCCAUCAAGCUCAAAUACGCUUCCGCCUGGCACCGCGCCAAAGCUCCCGGCACCCCGCCCUCCACCCGGCGACAAGCCCUCACGCACAUCCUCCACGAGACCCUCACCCUCCUCAAAUCUCAGAACAUGAUUCAGAUAGCGGAUGCUAUCUUCAACUCCACCUCGGACGCAAAAUACCGCGCCCAAACGCCAGACAACCCCCUCGAGUCCGUCCUGCAGAUCCCAGAGGACACAAACAUCGCAAACCGCGACGGCAUGUUCUGGUUCAGCUGGGCAAUGACCGAGCAGCUCCCUCACCAGGCCUGGAUCGUCGACCGGAUCAUGGAGCUCGGCGGGGUCUGGGUCGCGGAGCCCGUGGACGCGGGAUACCUCCCCUUCAACCCUCACCCACCAUCCCCCUGCCCCUCCUCCGAGCCCGCCGCAGUACCGAUGGCAGAGCAAUGGCCCACCCUCCUCUCCAACCUCGACCCGUCCGCCUUCAUCUCCUUCUUCCGCUCCACCUCCGCCCACCUAUCCCGCCAAACCCACGCCGAGCGCCUCCUGCAAAUCUCCCUGCUGACCAAAUUCCUCGACCUCAUGAACGACCGCUUCCUAACCUACUCACCAGAAUCCAAAUCAGCCAGUCUGCUGCGCAACAUGAUCCCCCUGCAGAUGUACUCAGGCCUCCUGGCCGGUCAAAUCUCCGCGUCAGAGUUUACCGACCGGCGGGCCGUCUUCGACCUCGGCGGGGAGGAUGCGCUGGGCACGCUGGUGCUGACGCCCUUCCAAGCGCAGCUGGAGUCGAUCCCGCGGCCGAAGACGCGGGGGCUCAGCGUGUCGUGGGUGGUGGAGGAGGCCGAGGGGAGCGAGGAUGGCGGGGUUGGCGGGGAUGAAGAGAUGAGGUUUAGAUUGACAUAA